AACCUCAACUUUGCCAUGGCUUCUGCUGGUCUGCAAAUCCUGGGGAUCAUCCUGACACUGCUUGGCUGGGUGAAUGCUCUGGUGUCCUGUGCCCUGCCGUGGAAGGUGACCGCCUUCAUCGGCAACAGCAUCGUGGUGGCCCAGGUGGUGUGGGAGGGGCUGUGGAUGUCCUGCGUGGUGCAGAGCACGGGCCAGAUGCAGUGCAAGGUGUAUGACUCCCUGCUGGCACUGCCCCAGGACCUGCAGGCUGCCCGCGCCCUCUGCGUCGUCGCCCUCCUAGUGGCCCUGCUCGGGCUGCUGGUCUACCUUGCGGGAGCCAAGUGUACCACCUGUGUGGAGGACAAGGACUCCAAGGCCCGUCUGGUGCUAGUCUCUGGGAUCAUCUUUGUCAUCUCAGGGGUUCUGAUCCUGAUCCCCAUCUGCUGGACGGCUCACGCCAUCAUCCGGGACUUCUACAACCCCCUGGUGUCAGACGCCCAAAAGCGGGAGCUGGGAGCCUCCCUCUACUUGGGCUGGGCAGCCUCUGGCCUUUUGUUGCUGGGCGGGGGGCUUCUGUGCUGCACCUGCCCCUCUGGGGGCUCCCGGGGCUCGAGCCAUUAUAUGGCCCGAUACUCGGCGUCAGCCGCACAUGCCACCCCUCAGGGUGCCCCUGAGUACCCCACUAAGAAUUAUGUCUAAUUCUGGUAAGGGAGUGGAGACUCCCUCGACCGUGGAGCCUAACCCCCUGAACUGGAGACAUCGAGAUGGUGAUCCAGACAGCGUGGGGGUUUUUAUCUUUUUUGCUUUUGGGGGGAGGGGUAUUUUCAAAAUUCAUUUGAUAACCUAACCAAGGAGCCCAAGUCUUUCCUGGGCUGUGCUGUUGGUCUUUCUCACCUUCGGAUGAAGAAGCCAAGGAGGUGAUGCUUCACGGUUUCUGGAUCUUCCUCCACGAUCUUGGAGGCCAACCUGGAGCUGUGGGCCAACAUAAAGGCUGCCUGCUGUUUCAGCCUGUCCCUGAGUCCCGCCCUACUAGUCAGGCCUCUGGAACCCUGAGGGCUCUUGAACCUCACGUGGCCUUUAGAAGAGCAGAUGAUAAGUCACCAACACCAAAGAACUGCCCGCCUCCAAGUCUUCUGACCUCUGGCUCCUCUAACUGGAGUCCCGUCCCAGCUGUGCUGUAGACCCCCCCUCCCCCGCAUCCUCUCACCUUCAGCCCCUGCACACUUGUGCCAUGCCUCCCCCACACACUCACCAGUUUUUGCUAAAUAA